CUUGUUUGCUUGCUAUAAAACCCAGUUUGCAGUUGGCAAUAGCGGUUACCCAUUUUACCGUUUCAGUGAUGGCUAAACUUUGGGUGAAAUUGCUGGUAACUUAUUGCAUCUGCUUUGUUUGUCAACUUUCGUCAUCGACCACUGAUUCUACCAUGGCAAUGGUGAAAAAGUUGUCAGAAUUCAGCAAGAAACAUCUUGUUGCUCUCAUUUCAGAGUAUCCGGUAUCACUAAAGAUUCAAAGGAAUGCGACUGGUCACGUGAUUCAAAUAAACGGCGUUUCAUCUCUGAUUUUAGAAUGGCUAUCUCGUCGAUACCAAUUUGACUACUCUCUUCUUGACGUCAAUGUAACUACCCUUGAGGAUGGAGGACCGAAAUUACCCGGAAUAAUUAGUUACGCAACUAGGGGAGUAAGUAAAUGA